AUGGAGCAGUGGUUUAGGUGCCAGUACGAUCUGUACAACUAUGGCAAAGCUCGCUCGUUAAGAUUCUCCAUGAACGUCAGAUCGAUGUUCAAAAAACGACCUUCGGAUAACGACAACUUAAUAGAGAAUAAUGGCAAUGUCAAACCAAGUUGCCUUUCCACGAAAACUAACAAAAAUAAGUGUGCUGAGGUACACGUGCACACCGAAAACGCUAGUGAAGUGAAAGACGAAAAUGGAAAUCAGAUUUGGAGAAGACUGAGUAUGCAGAGCUAUAGAAGGAGAAAACAAAGGAAACAAGAAGAGAAGAGUAAGCCCAGGAUAGCAGCUGUUUUACGAACUUAUGAUAAGAGAGGCAUACAACAGAAGGAAAAUAUGACUUACUGGCUGUGA